UAAUUGAAAUGGCAAUUAAUAAUUCAAAUUGUUUGUUGAUUUCAUUGAUCUUUUUCCUAAUUGCAUUUGCUUCAAACCAUGCAAAUGGAGAAGUACUCAAAGUAGGGUUUUAUCACAAAACAUGCCCUCAUGUUGAAUUGAUAGUGAAGGAAGUUGUUGAUGAUGUUAUAUCAAGAGUCCCUAGCCUUGCUGCCCCUUUGUUGAGAAUGCACUAUCAUGAUUGUUUUGUUAGGGGUUGUGAUGGAUCAGUUUUGUUGGAUUCCCCAACAAAACAAGCUGAGAAAGAUUCAAUCCCAAAUUUAAGCCUUAGAGGAUAUCAAAUUAUUGAUAGAGUGAAGACUGCUAUUGAAAAAUCAUGCCCUGGCAUCGUUUCUUGUGCAGAUAUUGUUGCCCUUGUAGCUCGAGAUGUCACUGUUGCGGUGAAGGGACCAUUCUGGGAAGUUGAAACAGGACGAAGAGAUGGAAGUGUGUCAAAUAUAACUGAAGCUUUAUUUAAUUUGAUUCCUCCUUUUGCAAACAUAACAUCAUUGAAACAAGGAUUCUUGCAAAGGGGAUUAAGUGUCAAGGACCUUGUUGUAUUAUCAGGUUCUCACACAAUUGGAAUCUCUCACUGCUCAUCCUUCAACAAUCGUCUUUACAACUUCACUGGAAAAGGAGAUACAGAUCCCGCAUUGGAUCCCAACUAUAUAAAAAGUUUGAAAAAGAAAUGUCCACCAAAUGACCAAAAUACCCUUGUGGAAAUGGACCCUGGAAGUGUUAGGACAUUUGAUAGUUCUUAUUAUAAGCUUGUGGCUAAAAGAAGGGGACUUUUUAGUUCUGAUUCUGCUUUACUUGAUGAUAGUGAAACCAAAGAUUAUCUCAAAAAACAAGGAAUUAAUCAAUAUGGAUCUACUUUUUUAAAAGAUUUUGGUGAGUCUAUGGUCAAAAUGGGAAGGGUUCAAGUACUCACCGGAAAUCAAGGUGAAAUUAGAAAAGUCUGCUCAAGAGUAAAUUAGAAAAGCCAAAAAGAAAAAAAUAAAUUGUGUUUGUCAUUUAAUAUUGAUGCAAGUUUAUUUCUUGAAUAAUAUGUGUUUGUCAUUUAAUAUUUAUGUAAGUUUAUUGUCUUUCUAUUAUGGAAGAUUAAUAGGUAGUCCUAUUUGGA